AAAAGGGCAAACUUCGGAAGAGACAGAGACUCAGAUACAGAGAAGAUAGGGACAACGCCCAGUCUCUGUACUGAAAAAAAAAAAAAAUCCACUUUCAGUUUCCACCACUAGCUUCUUCUUCCUCAUCCUUUAAACCCUCGUUCUGGUUAUGUCUCUGCUUCCAUUUACUGUCAAACUUCUGCAAAUUUCAGUACAGUAGACAGACCUUCAAUAUCACUGACGGCCUCAGCCAUGGAAGCAUCUCCUUACAGCUCAAAGACAAGUGAUGGUUCAGAGUUCAGCUUGAGAGAAUGGGAAUUGAAGGCACGAAGAAAUGGAGACAGGACUAAAUCCAGAAGAUACUCUGCGUCAUAUAUCAGAAGCUUUAAUGAAGAAACUAGAUCUUUUAGAUCACCAAACAUCACCUUCUCUAAUGGGAUAGACCCAUCCACCUAUUCUUUCAAUACUGCUAUCAGAGCAUUGCAAGCAAGGUCAUGCUAUAACAGUUGGGAGUGCUUAUCUCCAGAUGGGUUAGCUUUGCAUUCAAAGUGCAAUGAAGCAGAAAAGUAUAUAUGUAACCCUAUUUCAGGGGAGGCACCAUUGGAGUGCGUGCCUUCAAAAGCUCUGAUCAGCAGUGGAAGAUCAUUUCGUAAAUCAUCAAACAGAGUUGUUACCAUCUUUGAUAAUCCUACAGCUUACUCUACAAGAAAUCCUCAAAGACAUCAUCAACCGACACACAUGCAGAUGAAAAUGAAGUUCUUCGAUUUCUAGUUUCAGAGAAAAGGAAAGCGGGAAAGACCAGAGACGUGGGGACUCAAAGUACUCUUCCUUAUCUUAGUUCAAGCAGCCCAAACCCUGCUUCAACUCCAUCCAUUACAGACAGAUCUAUAAAGGAACUUGCAGAUUCACCUUCUUCAAAUGCUAAAACCAAACCAUACCAAGGGGUUUUUCCUCCUCUUCUUUCUCAAAUUAGUUAGUGGGAAUUUUCACUAAAUUCUGAUAUGUGAGAAAAAUCAUUAAUUAAAUUAAACACGUACUCUCUCUCUCUCUCUCUCUCUCUCUCUCUCUGUAUAUAUAUAUAUAUAUAUAUAUAAGUUAGUUUACAAA